AUGAUGCGUCUUGUGGUCCUAUCUCUGCUCCUGGCUUCAGCUACUGCAAGGAACAUCAAUGGUAGAAGUAAAGAUUCAUGUGCCGGCCGUUGUGGGGGGGAGUUGAACCACAAUUAUAACUGCCAAUGCAACCACGCCUGUGUGAGACAUGGAGAUUGCUGUCAAGACUACAACAUGUGCAACUCAAGGAUGUCCUGCAAGGGAAGAUGCAGUGAGGCUUACGACCACAGCAAUCCCUGUCACUGCAAUUCCAAGUGUGACCACUACAACAACUGCUGUCAGGAUUAUCAUUCUCAGUGCCAGGUUAGCAAUCCUGGGGGUGAUUUCACCAAUCAGGAAAUUCUACAAAUUUCUGAAGAGAUCUAUUCACUGGAUGUCAACAAGGCCACUGAGAAUGACAUUCGCCUGAACCUUCAGGGUCCUAUUUCGAACUCCCAGACUGGAGAUGAGAUCGAUCGUGCUCAGCUCAGGCUCUAUACAUAUGUGAAUGAAGAUGUCCUGUUCACAAAGCCAACAUUCGCUAAAUUCAUUGCACUCUUAGACAACUACAACCGAAUGACAGGCAUCCCUGAGGAGUUCACGCCAGAGCAGCUCAGAGAAGAAGAUGCGUUUCUUAACGAGAUUAUGAAGACCCCCAUCAUGAACAAGCUGUAUAGUGUCCUCCACUCAAAGAAUUUGUACAACUCCGUUACGGACUUUAAAGAAGACCUGAAGAAGAUGUGGUUUGGUCUUUACUCCAGAGCCAACACUGCCUUAGAUUCCAGUGGUUUUGAGCAUGUUUUUUCAGGUGAAGUGAAGAGAGGGAAAGUGUCCGGAUUCCACAACUGGGUGCGGUUUUACUUUGCAGAAAAAAACAAGGAGCUGAAUUACUAUAGUUACAACUAUGAUGGUCCGUGGACCAACUAUCCUGAGGUUCUAGCAAUGCAGUUCAAUUGGAAUGGAUAUUACAAAGAAGUGGGCUCAGAGAUCAUUGGUUCCAGUCCCGAGUUUGACUUCGCCAUUUAUACUCUCUGCUUCAUUGCAAAGCCUGACAAAUCAUGCACAGUGAGCCUUGGUGGGAAGACCAUAAAUAUUCAGACCUACACCUGGACUAAGUCCACAUAUGGAAAUGGGAAGAAGUAUGUAGCAUCAACCUUCCCACUGACACCUUGA